UUCGGCUUCAAAAACCCAGCCUUCCAGCCUCCGCCCGCCGCCCCGCCCGCAAGAGACAAGCACACGCACCGCCAGCGCAAGAACUCGGGAAAGGGACCUGUCGAAAAGCAACGCCCUUUUCCUUGUCUUCUUCUCGGUUUCCUUGGUGCUCCCGGCGAUCCCCUCCAAAGUCCAACCACGCCGCUCUAGAUCUCUCCGACGUGCUCUGCCACUUGGUUUCUCCGAGCUUGUUGGGAGUCCAGGUGCCAGAGAACCAGGGGCCAGGGCUAUAAGAGGGGGAACCAACUCCAUCUCCCCCUGGUGCUGGUGCCGCAUUGAGUUCUUGAGAAUGGCUGGGGUUCUUUCUCACCAUGCGCUGGCAUCUUCGCAAUCCCACUGGUGCAGUGCAAAGAACUAUAGAUUCGAAAAGAGGACGGGCAGUGCCCGCUUGGUUUAUGUAAAGGGAAGUUGUGGUUCAGGCAGCCGAAAACUGGGUUUGGUUUGGGCCUCGAGCUCGCAGCAGUCUUCUGUCAUGGAGCCGAUGCACCUACCAUCGGAUGGCAACAGUGGCCACACCCCAAAGAAAUCAAGUGAAAGCGCUCUUAUAUUGAUUCGGCAUGGUGAAUCCCUGUGGAAUGAGAAAAAUCUGUUUACUGGCUGUGUUGAUGUACCCCUGACACCAAAGGGUGUUGAGGAGGCCAUUGAGGCAGGUAAAAGGAUAUGCAAUAUCCCAAUCGAUGUAAUAUAUACUUCAUCACUGAUUCGUGCUCAGAUGACCGCAAUGCUUGCCAUGAUGCAGCAUCGGCGCAAGAAGAUCCCAGUUAUCAUGCAUAAUGAGAGUGAACAAGCUCACAGGUGGAGUCAGAUAUACAGUGAGGAGACAAGGAAACACUCCAUUCCAGUCAUAACAGCUUGGCAAUUGAAUGAAAGAAUGUAUGGUGAGUUACAAGGCCUUAAUAAGCAAGAAACUGCAGAUCGGUUUGGCAAAGAACAAGUUCAUGAGUGGCGCCGCAGUUAUGAUAUCCCUCCCCCAAAUGGAGAAAGCCUAGAGAUGUGUGCUGAGAGAGCUGUUGCUUAUUUCAAAGAUCAGAUUGUUCCACAACUUGUGGCUGGUAAACAUGUGAUGGUUGCUGCACAUGGGAAUUCACUUCGUUCAAUUAUAAUGCAUCUGGACAAACUAACUUCUCAAGAGGUAAUAAGCCUUGAGCUGUCUACUGGCAUUCCCAUGCUUUACAUAUUCAAGGAAGGAAAGUUUAUUCGCCGUGGCAGCCCGGUAGGACCUUCAGAGGCCAGUGUUUAUGCUUAUACCAGGACCUUGGCUAAAUACAGACAGAAGCUUGAUAGUAUGGUUCAGUAAAAGACACUCCACUUGGAUCAUGGCUCGAUAUUUCUUUGUCGACCAUGUCUGCUUUUUUGGAGAAAUGGUUAAUUAAGGUCCUGUUCGCUUGAGCUUAUCUAUUAGCCAUUCAGUAAUGUUUUUCUCUCACAACAAAUUAGCGAACAAUAUCUUUUCAGUCAUGGCUUUUCUACCAAGGGAACAAACUGUAAACAAAUUCUUGGCAUGAGAAGCAUUUAUGACUGGGACGAAAUUCAUCAAUUGGAGUUUCUUUUGUAAACAAACAUGUGCAAUGACUUUAGUAUGGGGUAGAAGUAGCAUCAUAUGUUGUAUAUUUAGUUGAAUUUGUUGAGGAGAAUGAUAUACAUUUGUUUUCCUUUUUUUACCUCA